AUGAAGUAUCUCGACGUCCCCCUCCUCACCCAGCUCUCCCACUCCCUCUCCGCCCCAGCCCCCACAGACACCCCCGUCAAUGUCCGCUUCGAGGCAUACAGCGUAAAGCCCGUCGGCAGGGAGAAGCGCGCAUUCAAGGAGCGGGAGGAGGCCUACAUCUCAGAGCAGGAGGGCAUGGAAGAAAUGAGCUUCUCCCCAGAGAUGCGCGAGGCCGGACUCGCGUCGUGCUUUGGCAGACUGGACGAGAAGGAGUCCCGCAAGGUGCACUUUCUCCUCGUCUCCACCCUCAACUCUGCCUUCCCCGACCACGACUUUUCAUCCCUCAGGCCAGACCACUUUACCCGCGAACCAAAUAGUGCACAGGUCCUCGCCUAUCUCAGUGGGAGCCUCCUCGGCUCACUCGGUAACGGCACCGCUCCCAUAUUCCUACCCAUGGCGCUGAACGCACGCUCUCCCCAAUCAUCUCCGUCCCUUCAGCCCCAUUCUCUGAGUCACUCACCAAGCCCGUACUCGUCAUUCUCACCUUCGUCAUUCCCCAACUCGGCCUCUAAUGCCUCCUCCCUCCCCUCCUUGUCGAAUCUCAACCAAGUCAAUCUCUACCGCGUCCUCAACCAAGUGAUCCCUCUGGACGACUGCGAUGUCUAUUCGUUUUUCCCCGAACCCGAGUAUGACCCGCACAUGGAUCCUCUCGAGGAGGCAGACCUGAUGGAGGAGGAUGAGGGAAUGGAUGCUGAUGGCGACGCCCAAUAUGAUGAAGGAGAGCCUGCUUGGGGCACUGGGAUGGACCUGGAUGUGGAGAUGGAGAUGGACGACGAUCAGAGACCAAAGACCGGCUCGACGAGUCGGAAUAAUGGGGAGACUUGGGGAGACAAAAGGCGACCUGGCGGGCUGCUUUGGAGUGCCAAUUACUUUUUCUACAGCAAGAGACAGAAACGAAUUCUGUUCUUGACUUCAUGGUGCCGACAUCUCCCGUCCGGGUCGUCUGGUUUGUCCGGCAAUCAAGCCGACACCGACAUUAUCCUUGACGGCUCCACCCCUGCCCUCCCCCUGCCCAUAACGGCCUCCAUAUCCCCUUCGUCCCUCGAGACGCGCGGCCUUCCAACACCCCUGAAGGCCAGGCGAGGCAGCACGAGCGCAGCCCGCAAAGCGCGACACCCGCCACCUAUCAGAAAAUCACUUCCUGGCGCACUCAACAUUCAUCCCUCCACCUCCUCAUCUGCCAGCGAGCAUAGCACCAUCCCCAUCCGGGGCAUUUCUCGCCCCCCAGCUUCUCCUUCAAAUGCCACUCACGUGCCUUCUACCCCACGUGCAGAGAGACUCGUCUCGAGUGCGCCGAACGUGACCAGCUUGGGAUUCACUGCCACGCCCAGUUCAUUGCUCAGCGCUGCCCGGGACAGUGGGAAAGAAGGAGGCCAAAGUCCAAUGGCGAGGAUGAAGGUUGGCGGGUUCAAGCCGCGACAGACACCAGCGAGGAUGGUGAUCAACGCACGUGCGACCCAGCAGCCUACUGCCGAAGAAGACUCAUCUUCUGCACCCAGUGGUAGCGGCAGUGGGGGCGAGAAUGCCAAUGGCGAGGAAGGUGGUGCGGAAAAGCGAAGAGACAGGAGCGAGAGUACGACUCCAGGCCCGGCGAGCGCGUUGACAGCGGGCCUGAGAGCUGCUGGGGCAAAGGGGACGGCGGACAAGGGUAAGAGGGUCAAGGUCUGA